CACACACACACUAAAGGAGACUAAGGAACUGAAAUAAUAAACCUAUAGAAGCUACAGUGGGGAGACUAAGAGAACACGAGGAAAACCUGGAGGGGGCUAGGGACCAAAGGCACACAAACAGGGCCUGGUUGUGCAGAAACACCUCAGAAACUUUUGUUUGCACCAAAUGUAAGUUAAUUUAGAACUUGUUUAAAUACAUUUUCUGGAUUUUUUAUUUGGGGGGCACAAAUUAAAAAAAUCAGGACGUGUUAAAAAUCUUUUCCCAGACUGUGUGAAAAUCAUUACAGUGGAACCAAACCUUGAAAACUCCCAUUUAACAUGCUUGACUUUACCUUUAAGAAAGCUGUAAGAACCCUAGUCUGUGCAGGUUCACCAAUAUCUACAAACAAGCAUCAAUUUAGACAAUAAAACAUAUUUUUAAUGAAACAGUUUUUCAGUAUUUGAGUUAUAACGUAUCCUUUUGCAUUUAUAUUUGCACCCAGCAGGUGGCAUCUGUUGCAAAUGUCAUGAAUUUCUCCAACGUGUCACUAUUAGAAACUGAACAUCUUGUACUUUUGUUAUCCACCCCAUCAUCCAUUAUCUGUACUGGUUUAUUUCUCAGCAGGGUUGUGGGGAGCAGGGACACCCUAGGCAUGUCUCCAGUCCAUCACAGGGACACGGAGACAAACAACCAAUCAACCUAGCAUGCAUGUUUUCAGUCUAUGAGAUGAAGUCGGGACACAUGGUGAUAAAAAAUGAGAAAACAUGCAAAUUCUGCACAGAAAGGCUGCAGCCAGGAUUUGAACCUGCAACCUGCAUCAGUUCUACCCGUUGCACCACUACACAACCCUUUUACUUUGUCAUAGUAACUUUUAGAAAUCCAGUUUAGGUUAAAAUGAAUUCUUGUAAAUACAAGCAUCAGCAGCCCUUCACCUCACUGCUUUGUUUUUGUGAACUCCUUUGCUUCCGCUUGAAGCAACUGCGGAUGUGAUCCAGUAUCCAUCAAACCUGCUCAACAGGUUUGUCAGUUUCUGUUCCUGUUUGAGCACCUGUCCUGUUUUGCCCCGUUCCCUCCCCUCCCGGCUGCCCUGUCCUUUUGUUCCUUCCACUUCCCAGAAGCAAAAUACCUGACAGGGAGUUGGUUUCCCCAGUCCAGAAACAGGUACACAGGAGUGACAGUGUGAGCGUCCUGUCACAGUGUCCCGAUUGAUCAUGCGCCCUGGCUACUUGGCCAAGGGGAUGUCCCUUUGGCUCACUGGUUAGCGUGCAUGACUCUCACCUGGGAGUCUGGGGAUUGAAUCCCGCCCGGGCCCUUGUUUCUCCACCUUGCCACAUUUGGCGUUGUUGGCAGGAUCCAUGUAGAACUCUGUGAAGCUGACGGGGGGUCAGCUUCACAGAGCUUCCAUGUAGUACUGUCAAGUAGGUCCAUGGAUGUGAAGUUUGUGGCACCCUGCGCGGGAGCACGAGGACAUGCUUGUGGAAAAAGGGGGAAAGAUGCGGCAGUGUGAGCGUCCUGUCACAGUGUCCCAUUUGAUCACGCGCCCUGGCAACUUGACUAAGAGUAUGUCCCUUUGGCUGACUGGUUAGCGCACAUGACUCUCACCUGGGAGUCUGGGGAUCAAAUCCUGAAAAAGUGCUGCACUUUACUGGAGUUGUACCUAAACCAUGUUUAGUUAAAAGGCCAAGUUAAUCCAAACCAGUUGGAUUACAUAACUUUCAGAGCUCCACUGAGAUUUUGAUCAGACAGACUGGGCAGUGCUUGCAGCAGACUAAAAGAGAGGCAAGACUGCAUUUCUUUCACUUCACUAUGAAAGCAAAGCUGGAGAUUUUAGCAUUGGUCCUUGGCUUCAUCGGCCUGUUUGGGACUGUAACCAUUGCUGCUCUGCCAACCUGGCAGGUGUCUGCCUACAUUGGAGCGAAUCUCGUUGUCUUUGAGACUCUCUGGGAAGGUCUGUGGAUGGUCUGCUACAGGCAAAUCGACAUCAACAUGCAGUGCAAGGUCUACGAUUCCCAGCUGAUUCUCCCGUAUGAGCUUCAAGCAGCCAGAGGCCUUGUGUGCAUCUCAAUAGCCCUGGUGACCGUCUCCAUGAUUGUCACAGGAUGCGGCAUCAAGAAGAGCAACUGCUGUGGCGACAAUAUGAGGAGGAAAAACAACACUCUGGCUUUUGGAGGGAGUUUGUUUUUGAUUUCCUUUUUUACCACAAUCAUCCCCGUCAGCUUGGUGGCUCACUCUGUCAUUGUCAAGUUCUAUGAUCCAGCGUUACUGGAUCCUCAAAAACAGGAGCUUGGACAGUCCAUCUUUAUUGGCUGGGCAACGUCCGGUGUUCUGCUGGCAACAGGAGUCCUCCUCCUGAUCAGUUACAGUAAACGUGCAUCACGGGAAGAACAGCAUCUCAAUGAGGACCACUUCGUAGCUGAAAAGGACAUCCUGCACCUGGACAGCGCCCACACACCAAAGACAGGAUCCAGCUUCAAGUUUCAAGAAUAUGUUUAAAAACGACAUUAUGCACCAAACUCUACCCCUUAUCGCAUUUGUUUAGGAAAGGAAGCUGUUUGAAGAUUCUGGACAUUUUUUCCUCUUUGUUUCGUUGAAUAAUAUUUAUCUAAUAUUCUAUUUGACUUUCAAACACCUGAAGUAUCAACUGAACUGUUAUUGUUUUAAGUUAUUUUUGUCAAAAAUUUACAUAAACCAAACCAGUGUGCAUGAAUCAAUAAAAAUCUUAUUCAUGUAAA